CAUUCAGCUGGUGUAACAAUGGAUCCCAGAUCUUUGGAAAAUGAAUUAACUUGUGCUGUGUGUCUCCACGUCUAUCAGGACCCUGUGACAUUACCAUGUCAACACAGUUUCUGUUUGAAAUGUAUUGAGGGAGUUUGGGCCCAGAAAGCAGUUCCAGGAGGGUUUGAGUGCCCUCAGUGUCGUCGGAAAUUCAACCAGAAGCCGAGACUUGACAAAAAUACCACGUUGUAUAAUAUCGUUGAAAAAUACAAGCAAUCACAGUCUUCUUUUGAAACAUCAGGUGCCAGGUGUGAUAGUUGUGAUGAUAAACCAUUCCCAGCUGCAAAAACAUGUCUUACUUGUUUAGCUUCAUUUUGUUUCCUUCACUUGAGACCCCAUUUACGUAACAAGGCAUAUCAAGAUCACACCCUUAUUGAUCCUAUGGCUGAUGUUACAGACAGACAGUGCACUGACCAUAAGAAGCUCCUGGAGUUUUACUGUAAAGAUGAAGAUGUGUGUUUAUGUGUUUCCUGUACAGUAACAGGUAAACAUAAAUUCCACACACUGCUGAGCCUGAAUGAAGCACAAGCUGAUAUUAAGGAAGAAUUAGGGAGAGAAAUUGAGAAGCUUCAGGAAGACCAGGAAACUUAUUCGAGAAAACAGAGAAACUUGGACAGAUCAGCAGAUGAUGUAAAGAUGCAACUCAAUAAGCUGAAAGAAAAUAUAUUGAAGAACUUUGCUGAGUGGAGGAGAAAGCUGGAAGAAGAUGAAGCAUCCACUCUGAGAGUGAUCGAUGAGGAGGGACUCUACACUCUAACUCAGAUUAGGAAUCAUUCUGGAGCUUUAAACAAGAUGAUUGAGCUCGUUGCAUCAGUAAAUGGAAAAACCCAGAGUCUGUUACAGAGGGACCCCCUCUCCUUUAUUCAGAACUCAAGGCAGCUCCUUUCCAGGUCUGAAGUAAAACCUAUUACAAGGGAACUACCUGCAGCUCAAAGCAGCUGCUGUUCAGUCUUGUAUUCACGUGUCAUCCUAGAUCACAUGUCCACGUCUCCAGCUUGA